GAAUAGAACAGCUUAGUAAUGAAAACUGAUCCAAGUUUUGCCUUUCCUCGCGCUUCCGUAGCUGAUAGCUCUGGUGCUGCAGCGAUGAAACUCAGAAGAUUUCUAUCAAUUCCCAUUAUAUCAGUGCUUAUAUUAAAGGGCGUUUUGUACUAUGUGACGGUUUUCAUCUUUAUAGAGGACUGGAUGAGCUUGCAGAGUUCUGCUGGCUCGUUGAACGCUCUCAUCUUCACUUUCUUCGCUUCUCUCUGCGUAUUCUGCUAUUUUGUCUGUGUUCUUAAAGACCCAGGUUCUGUUCCCUCAUCAUAUGUACCCGACGUUGAAGAACCCCAACUUUCUGACCAAGAAUCCGGCAGAAUUGGUAUACUACAAGCAAGGAAAUGUGAAAAGUGUUCGGCAUACAAGCCUCCCCGGGCUCAUCAUUGCCGCAUCUGCAAAACAUGUAUUUUGAGGAUGGAUCAUCACUGUCUCUGGAUAAAUAAUUGUGUGGGCCAUAGGAAUUACAAGCCCUUUGUGCUUCUAGUCUUUUAUUCCACCAUCGCUUCAACUUAUUCUUUGAUUAUGUUGAUAAGCAGCAUAGUUAAUAAAGAUUGGAGUUCUGCUGAUGUGAGUGGAUGGAGCCCUCUCUGGAUCUUUUAUACUAUUUGGUCUCGGUGCAGAGAACUAGAGAAGUCCAGCUUAAGAUCUCUGAACUCAUGGUGGCCGGUGGGGGUGGCAGCGGCAUCUCAUGAUGUGAAAAUUUUGAUGGACGGUGUAAUAUUUUCAGGUAACUUGUGGAGUUAUGAUUGUUGGCUUAACUGUGACUCUGGCAACUCUCCUUGGCUGGCAUAUCUAUCUCACUGUUCAUAACAUGACAACCAUAGAGUAUUAUGAGGCAAGUAGAGCAGCUUGGUUGGCUAGAAAAUCAGGGGUGGCCUAUCGUCAUGCCUUUGAUGUUGGAACUCAUAGAAACAUAGCUCUGGUUUUAGGUCCAAAUAUGCUGAAGUGGCUGUGCCCAACAGCAAUCAACCAUGUCAAAGAUGGUCUUGACUUUCCAGCAUCACGUGAUAAUAACUCUUGACCUGAAUCUGCAACCAACACCAAAGGUUUGAGCUUCAUGAAUUGAUCUCUGGCAAUGUCAUCAGACAAUUUUUAAGCAACUGAGAGGAUGAAUGAGCUAAAGACUCAAAUACUGUCAUAUAUUUGCUGGCCUAUUCACAAGAACAGCUGGGGUGGUGGUUUAUUUUUCUGUAUAUGUGCAUAACCAAUCAAAAAAGGCCUCCAGAGUUUUGGUGGCUUAAAUAUAUAUGAUAACAUGUAACACAAUAUUGUGUAUAUAUAUUGAUUACUGAUUUAACUAACUUGUGUUGAUCUAUGGGUUGGGUAUUCACUUGUCAAGUCAGUUUCGUUGGGUGUAACGCAGAAGUAAUUUUCAUGAAAAAAAUUGAUUUCUUUCUGUAUUUUGUACUCUGUAUGUUAAACCGCGAUUCAGCGAAGAGUAUUUUGCAAUUGAUGUUCAUUCAUUCAUGCAUCAGAUA